ACUCCGUAUAGGUCUCCAGACUCCAAAUGUCAAAGUCCACCAUUCAUCAGGACGAGUCAGCGGAGGCUCUUAUGACUGGUUCUUCGUCACAUAACGAAUCCCGUCCCGCGGAACUGACCCUCCACAAGACUCCGUCGGAUGAACCUUCUGCGCUUGAAGUGCACGCCUUUGCGAAAGCUCACGGUCUGAGCCAUCGACUUGACGUCUUCCAGAAAGCAGCGGCUCUGAUACAGGGUGAGGACAUUCUAGACCUCACGUCGGCGGAGAGAGAUGCCUUGCGCGACGAGACCUCCAGGAAAUGGCGGCAACCAAAGAUGUUGUACUUCACCAUUCUCGUCUGCUCCAUUGGCGCCAUCGAGCAAGGCUGGGCGCAAACUGGCAUGAACGGUGCCAAUCUGUAUUUCCCAACAGCCUUCGGAAUCGGCUCAGACAGCAAGCAUGACAACUUCGUUGUCGGACUCAUCAACAGCGGCAUCUAUCUCAGCACAGGACUUCUGGGAGCAUGGUUGUCUGAUCCCGUCAAUCACCGUCUAGGACGAAGAGGAGCUGUCUUCACUGGCAGUAUGCUGUGCCUCAUAGCCAAUCUGGGCUCAGGCGUCAGCGCGAACUGGCCUCAGCUGUUAUUCUUUCGCCUCAUCCUUGGCUUGGGCCUUGGGAUCAACGCAAGCACUGUCUCCGUAUGGGCUGCCGAAAGUGCGCCAAAACAGAUACGUGGAGGGUUGGCUGUGUCAUGGCAAAUGUCGACCGCCUUUGGUAUUUUCCUGGGGUUUGUCGCGAAUGCUGCUGUGUAUAAUGUAGGACCGAGUGCAUGGAGAUGGCAACUCGCUGGUCCAGCCAUACCAACAGUUCCUCUUGCUGCAAUGAUUUACCUAUGUCCCGAAUCACCGUCGUGGUACCAAAAGCAGGGACGCUACGACAGAGCAUUUCGGUCAUUAUGCACCCUGCGAAAUACCGAACUUCAGGCUGCGAAGGAGCUUUAUACCGCAUACCUCCAGGGCCGUGUCAGGGCGAAGAUGUCCGAGGGAGAACGAAGCCCGUUGUUCUUCACGAAAGUGGCCGAACUGUUCACAAUCCCUAGGAUCAGAAGAGCAACGACCGCUAGCUACGUGGUCAUGCUGUCGCAGCAGCUCUGCGGAAUAAAUAUCAUCUCCUUCUAUUCUUCCACGAUCUUCUCCGACGCCGGGUUCUCACUCUUCGGCGCAUUGCUCGCCUCCUGCGUCUUCGGCUUCCUCAAUUUCGUGGGAGCCUUCCCGGCGGUAUGGACCAUGGACACACUAGGUCGUCGAUCACUGCUACUGUUGACCUUGCCAGUCAUGGGCGUCACUAUGUUCGCUACGGGCCUGAGCUUCAAUAUUCCAGCAGACAACCCGGCACAUUUCGGUCUGCUUGCAACUUUGAUCUAUGGGUUUUGUCUCGAAUAUUCACCCGGCAUGGGACCUGUUCCAAACGCCUACUCGGCCGAAGUGUUCCCUCUUUCCCACCGAGAAGUCGGCAUGGGCUUCGCCGUUGCCACGACAAACUUCUGGGCCGCGAUCCUCUCGCUGACGUUUCCAGGCGUACUGACCGCGCUGGGAUCCCCGGGGGCGUUCACGCUCUACGCUAUCCUCAACGUCGUGGCUGGCGUCUUGAUUUUCCUGUUCCUGCCUGAGACGCGGAUGAAGACCCUCGAUGAACUGGACGAUGUUUUCUCGAUUCCUACGCGGACUUUUAUCAAAUAUCAGGUCACGGAGUACUUGCCUUGGUUCGUGAGGCGGUACUUUUGGCGGGAUAGGCUGGCCGAGUUGAGGCCGCUUACGCUCGAGGCCGAAUACAGAGAACUUGAGCAGGACGAGGAUCAGGCAGAUGGAGCGUAGACGGAUGGAAUCCGCCAUGAGCUGCGCGAGAAUACUUCAAGUCGAUCAGGACAGAGAACCAUCACACCCUGGCGUUGCACGGAUAUGCCGCUUGGGGUUCUGGACGGACCAGGGCUUCAAUGCUUACUUCGUUACGGGCACGCAAAAUUGGACUUGCUCGAACAGGCUCGAGCUAGGUUAGGGGUGCGCUGCUUCGUCUUGUGGACUCAACCGCCUCAUCUGAAAAAGAACUCCCUCGUAAACCGUUCCAUCGAACAAUAUCUAGUAGAG